AUGAUGCUCCCCAGCCCCGCCACCUCCACCCCCUUCUCGGUCAAGGAUAUUCUGAAACUGGAGCAGCAGAGUCUCGGGGGCUCCCUCGAGCCGCCCUUCCCCGUCGCCGCUGCCUCCUGCCUGCUGGGGUGCCGCAGCUUCUCCGACGGGGAGGACGAAGACGACGACGACGAGAAGCUGCCCUUCCUCAGCUCCAUGGCGGCGACGGGGAAGAGCGCCGCGGAUGGGGGGCUUUCUCCAGGGAGCUACGUGCAGGCGGUGCUGCGGGGCACCUGCGAGCCCAAGGCGCUGGCGGGAGAGGGAGAACCGGCGCUGGAUUCCGGAGCCGGUGAGUACCAGCGAGAGCGGGACCGGGACCCCAAGAGGGAGGCUUUAUUGGGGAAUCGUAGGGCCAGGCGGGCGCCCAAGUCCCUCUCGGAACGCAGAGCGAUUCCCAACCUUUCACAUUGCCAGGAUAACUAAUUCCGAAAGUUUCCCCUUCUGGAUCGCAGCUUGGUUGCGCGUGCGUGGCUUGGAACCACCGUUUCUCCAGCCAGAUGAGAUGCUGAACGUGGGACACGCGACAUCCGCGUCUCUAGGAGCACGUCGGCAACGGUUCAGCGCUGCUCAGGACUGCUUGGGCACCUCCAACCCCAAGUCGCUUAGGAAGACGCCUCUUCCCUCCGCUGCAAAAUAUCCGUGGCUCAAACUAACAAAGAAUAAGAGGAUAAGUCCCUUGGAACUUUGAAGGACUUACUUCCGAGUAAACGUGCUUAGGCGGCUGUCCGCUCUACACGUCUCUGAGCCUAAGCCUCCCUGAACACAACGGGACUUGCCGUUGGGUAAAAUGCACCGGAUUGGGUGGUCACACUGCAGCCCUGUUCGACUCGGAUGUAAGAGCUCAGUUAGUCCCGCUUCCCCAAUGGAAGUUUGCCUCGGAGUGCAUCCCAAUGCCCCUUACUUGAGAGUAAGCGUGCUCGGUUCAGCCGGAGACUUAGGCAGAAAGGGGACGACGCGUUUGGCCACGCCGAGCCAUCCACCUCCUAAAACAGAGGCAAGGAACCGCUCUGAGGCCCAGCCUCGCAGCCUUGGUGGUCUGGCGGCAAGGAGAGCCGCCUUGGUGGAAUGAUGGUGCCGCUGGCUCCAAGCCCCUUCUAGGGGAGCACCCGGGGUGAGGUGGGGGGGAGUGGGUCGAGGGACGGUCAAAGCGCGAGGGGAUCUAGUUGAGGGUCCUUCGAGCCAAGGUUUUGUCCGAGGCGCGGCAAGCAAAGUCAGUAACGGGCCUGGCCUGGCCUGGCCUCCCUCCCUCCCUGCAAGGAAGGAGAUCGUGCUCGCACUGCGGGAUCUUGGGGGGCAUAAAGACUGCCGUCUGCUUCCUAAGUGGGCAUAAAUCCAUUUCCCAGUCCUUGCUUCCUUCCGGCUGCCGUAAGCAGUCCUGGUGGCACAGGGGGAAAACACACACACUUCGCUCCCUCAAGUUUUUCUCGAGUUGGCUGAGCUCCUGCAGAAUGCCAGGCGGCGCUGGCUCCUUCGUUUGCAAGGCCGGGAAGCAGCGGCCAUAUUCCAUUGCGGAAGACUCAACUUUCUAUAUAAUAAUAUUAAUAUUAAUACUAUUACUAAUACUUUGCAAACCGUGUUUCUAAUUUGCUCCGCCUAUAGAACUACAGGCGCGCUUUUCUGCUGCAAGCUUAUUUUGCGGGAGAAGAGUUUUGGGGUUGUUGUUGCAGCUGUGUCUUUAUGCCCUUUAAGGCUGCGGUGAUACGCAGCCUUAACCUGGGCGUAAGCCCCAUUGAACAGAGCGGGACUUACUUCUGGGUUAACCUGCCUAGGAGUGCCCUGUAAGACACCGACGGAAUUAUGUUGCGACCUGGCAUUCGGUGCGUUAAAAAAGAAAACGAAAACAGAUGUCGGCCCUUCCAGGUGCCGCGCAGCGUGCGCUCUCCUCUCCCUUUAAAUAAUAUAUUCAUCUGGCUUGAUAAAUGCGUAAAUGAGAGGCUUCUGCAAGGUGAUAAGGGGGGGUGUGUGUCAAUGUGUUGUACCGGUCCCGCAGCCUGCAGCUCCCCGGUUCUUGACUGAAGCAUCUCUCUCUGUUGUUCCCCGUCUUCUGCAGGGAAGGAGCCCACGGAGGAGUCGUCGGAGCGGCCCAAGGCGCGCGGCCGGAGGAAGCCUCGGGUGCUCUUCUCGCAAGCGCAGGUCUUCGAGCUGGAGCGGCGCUUCCAGCAGCAGCGCUACCUGUCGGCCCCCGAGCGCGAGUUGCUGGCCAGCAGCCUCAAGCUCACGUCCACGCAGGUGAAGAUCUGGUUCCAGAACCGACGCUACAAGUGCAAGCGGCAGCGGCAGGACAAGGCCCUGGACUUGGGCGGCCCGACGGCGGGGAUGCCUCCGCCGUCGCAGCAGCCUCCGCCUCCGCCGCGCAGGGUGGCCGUGCCCGUGCUGGUGAGGGACGGCAAGCCCUGCCUGGGCGGCUCGCAGGCCUACAGCGCGCCCUACAACGCCGCCGCCGCCGCCUAUCCUUAUAAUGGCUUCCCCAACUACGCCUACGGCGGUUCCCCCGCGGCUGCUUAUGGGGCCGGCUACGGCUGCAGCUACCCGGCGGCCAACAGCGGGGGCCCGUCGGUGCCGCCGCCUGCGGGGCCCUACAUGAACAUGGGCGGUUUCGCGGGCGGCGCGCAGCCCCUGCACCAGGGUCCCGCGGGGCCUUCCUGUAGUCAGGGCAUCCGAGCUUGGUAG